CUCCAACAGCUUUAAGAAGUCGGUCAAGCAGCAGGACAGAUAUUGCAAAAUAUGACAGAGCAGACUUCACUAAACGGGCAAGCGCUGGAUGAGAAGCUCGCGAGAUUGACCAAGAAGCCAGGGGUCAAGGCGAGCAUUGUCAUUGACCGUGCCAGCGGUGCUAUUUUAAAAACGAGCGGCGAUACAUCAGUUCUUACUACCACAAAGUCAAGAAAUGCAGCGACAGCAGCUUCGUUCUCCAAUGAAGCCAACACUGCUGACGAGAGUCAAUCGAAGGGCCUCGAGGACUUUGGCUCCAUGAUAUGGAACUUCGCCAACAGCUCUGGGCAAGUUGUCGAAAAUAUUGACUCAGAUGACGAACUAAGGCUGCUGCGCUUACGAACGAAGAAACAGGAGAUCGCCAUUGUGCUCGACCAAAACUAUCUUCUGACUGUCAUUCAUGAUAUCCCACAGGCUUAGAAUAUCCACCUUGGUACGAAAUGACACGCAAAAGCAACAUAGCUCAGCGUCGAGAGAGCGGGUGUUAUGUGCCGCGCCUGUUCGCCUGUUCGUUGGGCAUCUGUUUUGGGUUUGGGCUUUCUUCUUUAGGCGUCUAGGAUUGAUCGAUACCCCUUGUAUUCGCAUUGGAGGUGAACAAAAAGUGUAAUAAUAUUCUUCCCUUGCUACAUAGAUUUUCCUUUAUUUUUUUUAUUUUUUUUGGAAUAUACAUGGUCAUCUUGUGCCCCCGUCGCGUGACGCAGCAGUUGGCGAGUCCCUAGGAGGUCUCAUUCUUGGCGCAGACUAU